AUGGCCAUGGCCAGAGUUGGUAUCAUCCUCAGCCUCAGCCUCGUGGCACUGCUGCCUGCAGAUGCCUCCCCCUGUGGACCUCUGCGCCCUGAUGGCACCACAGCCUCAAAGAUGCUGGGGACGUGGCUGUACGUGGCUGGGGCUGCCCAGUUCCCCCAGCACCGCCUGGAGAUGCUGCUCAUUGACCAUGCCUACCUGAACGUGGACCCACUGGAGCAGCAGCUGCUCAUCACCCACCGCGUGGCAGCGGGGAACCAAUGUCACUUCAACAACCUCACCCACUUGGAAAUUGAGCCUGGUAACAUGGCACUGGUGAAGGAUGCCAAGACCCAGAAAAUUCAGGGGAUGCUGAUGAACCUCAGCUCUGAAGAUCUUUUGCUCGUCCAGUACCAAAUGGAGAGGGAAAGGACAUACUUGGGACAAUAUCUGUACGCCAGGAACCUGAGCAUCAGCCCAGCUGACAAGGAGGAAUUCGAGCACCACGUGGAGUGCCUGGGGCUGAGGAAGGAGCAGAUAGUGUAUGCUCCUUGGAGAACGGACCUGUGCCAAAUGAAAGAUGAAAAAGGCAGCAGCCCCCGCACGGAGCCCACGGCUGCAGUCACAGCAUCACCUCCUCCAGGCUCCCCCCAGCCUGGGAGCUCGGGGAACUGA